UAUAGUCUUGCCUAGAUGGCCCAGUGGUUAGCGCGGUGGCCGCUCACUGCUAGGAGAAUGGGUUCCAGAGGUCGUGAGUUCAAGCCGCGGCCGGGGUGGAGAUGGACCUCCAAAAAGGUCGAUUCCAGUGACAGAAUGUUUCUUCGUGCUUGCAUAGUAGUAUGUGCCUCCUUGUGCCUCGCCCAGGCAGAAUUUACUCAAUUCCAAUGGCGAAGCUGUACUACCGAUAAAGUCAACCAGAAACUUAAGGUCUACAGUGCAUCCGCCCGUCCCAUGCCCGUCCUGACCCCGGGGAAUCUACACCUCUCCUUCAGCGCCGAAGUUCUUCAACAAAUUGAGCCGGGAACGGUCCUCAGUUUUAAUAUGACUCGCCAUACCGCACUGGGACACGAUGUUCAUAUUCCUUGUGUGGGCGGAAUAGGAAGCUGCGUCCUAGACGGUUGUUCCAUUGUUGACACUUUAGUCAAUGGAACGCGAGAAGGCCAGCGGGACUUGGGAAGACAACUAAAGAAAAUGUUCGAGUCUGUAGGAAUCUUCAGUUCCUGUCCAAUCGCCGUCCAGAACGUCACCAUUACUGAUUACGUCAUUCAUAUCGGAGAUUUAGACCCUGCAUUGAACGUUAUAGCAGAUGGAGACUACACUAUUCAAACAACCGUUCAACAACCCAGUACCGGAGUACAGUAUGGGUGCUUUGAAUUCGAUGCCACUCUGAAGCGGAAGGAGACCCAUGGACAGGGGUGGUUAUUGGGAAGAAGGAGGCGUAGAAGCGAUUAGUGAUGCUUUGUUGGCAUAUCCGGUGCUUCGACAAACAUUGUUCUUUGUUUCAAAAUUCAGUAUCAUCUUAUUAUCUGUAUUUCUUUUUUUUUAUGGAGGGAGGGUGGGGAUGUCAUGCUUCAUUAAAAAAAUAAACACCUCAAACUCG